UUACGUUUUCUUGAAAAGCAGAUGUACUUUGUUUGGGCCGACAAUGAGCAUUAUAGAUCGAAAAUAGUUUUGAAACGCAUUUCAGAAUAAUCUUUAUCAAUAUAAUUGUGAUUGUGGUAGUUUUCAGUGUGUGCUUGUGUGUUCUAAGUGUAAAAUGUUUCACUAAAAUGGAUAGUGCAUAGAUGCAUUGCCAAUGUCAAGGGUCCGUAAAUAAAAUACAAGAAUAUGUUAUUAAUUCCGGUAUUUUCGAUAUUUCUUUUCACAUACACCACAUUCCAUGGAGCUGAAGCCUAUAAUGUUGGUGUCGGAAGGGCUGACUGUACAGGACCAUCUGCAGAAAUCACUUUUAUGGGUUAUGCAAAAGCUAAUCAAAAAGGAUGUGGACUCCAUUUGAGGCAGUUUGCAAGAGCAUUUAUUUUCAAAGAUACUAAUUCUAGGGUGGCGUUCGUUACAGUUGAUGCCUGCAUGAUGAACCAUCCUAUACGACAAGCUGUUCUAGAUAAAUUAAAACAAUCGUAUAAAAAUACAUAUACGUUAGAUAAUUUAAUUCUUAGUGGUACCCAUACGCACGGUGCUCCAGGAGGUUUUCUUAAAGACGUUAUGUUAGAUGUACCCAAUUUCGGAUUUGUCAGGGAAACUUUUGAUGCUCUGGUAGAUGGGAUAGUUCGAGCGAUUAAGAGAGCUGACGAAAACAUGGUGGAAGCGAGCAUUUUUGACAAUUCCGGUGAACUUCUAAAUUCAAAUAUUAACAGAAGUCCAGCUUCUUAUCAAUAUAACCCCGAAGAAGAAAAAAAAUUGUACAAAUAUGACGUCGACAAAGAUUUGGUGCAAUUAAAAAUAGUUCGCAAUUCUGAUAAAAGCGUAAUUGGUGCAAUUAACUGGUUCGCAGUGCAUCCAACUAGUAUGCAAAAUAGUAAUUGCCAUUUGACAUCUGAUAAUGUUGGAUACGCUUCCAUCCUUUUAGAAUCGAGUGUAAAUAAAGGAGAACUACCAGGAAAAGGUGGAUUUGUUGGAGCCUUUGCGUCAACAAAUUUAGGGGAUACUUCACCUAAUACCAAAGGUCCUAAAUGCAUUAAUACAGGUAAAGAUUGUGAUCCUAUUCACAGUACAUGCGAUGGUGAGAACAAAUGGUGUAUUGGAUCUGGUCCAGGAAAAGAUAUGUUUGAAAGUACUGAGAUUAUUGCUACCAAUAUGUUCAAAAAAGCAAAGGAACUUCUGGAUGACUCUAAAGCAACCGAAGUUACUGGAGAUAUAAAGUACGUUCACAGAUUCGUUGAUAUGCCUAAUGAAAAAGCUACAGCAACAAUAAAUGGGUCAGAAGCCGAGGUUCAUGGAUGCUUGCCAGGUAUGGGUUACGGUUUUGCUGCUGGUACAACAGAUGGACCUGGAGAAUUCGAUUUUGCACAAGGGAACAAAAACACAAGCAACGUUUUCUGGAACCUUGUUCGAGACUUUAUUUUUCCUCCUACUCCAGAUGACGUAGCUUGUCAUGCACCAAAACCCAUCCUUAUAAUGUCUGGAAGGAUUAAACUACCCUAUGAAUGGCAACCGGAGGUAGUUGCAACGCAAAUAUUCAAAAUCGGCAACAUUUUUUUAACUGCUGUACCCGGAGAGUUUACUACCAUGUCCGGCAGACGUCUUAGGAAUGCUGUAAAAGAAGAAGUCAUUAAAAAUAAAGGACCUGCAAAUACACGUGUAAUAAUUGCAGGACUCAGCAACGUCUAUACAAACUACAUAGCGACUCCAGAAGAAUACGAGCUUCAAAGGUAUGAAGGAGCUUCAACAAUCUAUGGCCCACAUACUUUAACCAUUUAUUUAAGAAUAUACAGAGAGCUUGCAGCUGCAAUAAUAAAGGGAGAAUCAGUAAGUACUGAGAAUGAUCCAAAACCAUUCGUUUUCCCUAAAGAUUUACUAUCUCUUGUUACUCCUGUGUAUUUUGACAGUACUGGUAGUUGGUUUAAUAGUUAUGGAGACUGCCUCUCUCAACCAAAACAGCAAUAUAAGAUCGGAGAGACAGCUUCUGCAUCAUUUAUAGCUGGUCAUCCCAGAAAUAACAAUUUACAAGAAAAUACAUUUUUAGCCAUCGAGAUGAAGGACGGUGAUAAUUGGAAAGUGGUUGCUACAGAUGCUAAUUGGGAAACAAAAUUUACGUGGAAGCGUACUUCAACAUUUAAAGCAACGAGUUACGCCACAAUUGAUUGGGAAAUCAGAAAAGGUAUAGCUAAAGCUGGAACCUACAGAAUACGACACUACGGUUAUUAUAAAUUUAUUUUAGGCGGUGUAUACCCCUAUUCUGGUGUCUCGAAUACAUUUACUGUAAGCGAAUAAAUUAAUUUAUAAAUUGUUUGUGUUAAAUAAAUAGUCGUUUUUUAAAGUGUCUUUUAUUUUCACAAAUAAAUAUAAACCAAGAAGAAACUCAAGAAUUUGAACGACUGAACCAG